UUCAACGUCUUCCGUAGACCCCGUCCCCUUGGAAUUUCUGAACGAGGAAAUUAUAAGUCAUUAGCGUUUUCUUCUUCUUUUUUCUAAAAACAUGAACAGAUAAUUCCUUCAAAAUAUCAUACAUCAAAAUUUUGACGUUGAAAAAGAAAAGACACUGCUUUUGAUUGAUGGGUAUUGUCUCAAACCUAAAAGGGUCAAGAACCCAAGAAGGCUUACCCGUAUCCGAUGGGUUGCCGCCAUCUUCUACAUCUGUUUCGCACAAGAAAAAAUGCUCCAAUUUGCUGCCUUUAGUAGUGGCCCUUGUGGUCAUAGCUGAAAUCUCGUUUCUUGGUCGCCUCGACAUGGCUAAAAACGCCGCCUUUUUCGAUUCAUGGCCGGAUAUGUUCUAUAAAUCCCACUUUUCUGAUGGAGUAGCAGUAGCUGGCGUUGACAAUGAGAUUGAAGCUUUGGGUGGUGAUCAGAACGGAGUUGCACAGAACUGCGAACAGUGGCUUGAGAGAGAAGAUGCCGUGGUUUAUUCAAGGGAUUUUAGCAAAGAUCCCAUUUGGGUUUCGGGCACUGAGCAGGAAUGGAAAACUUGUGCUGUGGGUUGUAAGUUCGGAUUUGAUCCCAGGAAGAAAACCGAUGCUGCCUUUGGUUUGUCUCAAGAACCUGGAGUAGCUACUGUGCUGCGCUCGAUGGAAUCAGCUUUGUACUAUUCAGACAAUAAUAUUGCUCAGGCACGACGGAGGGGUUAUGAUAUUGUAAUGACGACUAGCCUCUCAUCAGAUGUUCCUGUCGGAUAUUUUUCGUGGGCUGAGUAUGAUAUCAUGGCACCAGUGAUGCCAAAGACUGAACAGGCUUUGGCAGCUGCUUUCAUCUCUAACUGCGGUGCCCGUAACUUUCGUUUGGAAGCUCUUGUUGGGCUUGAAAAGGCGAAUAUCAAGAUAGAUUCUUAUGGUGGUUGCCAUAGAAAUCGCAAUGGAAAAGUGGACAAAGUUGAGGCUCUGAAACGCUAUAAGUUUAGCUUGGCUUUUGAAAACUCCAAUGAGGAAGAUUAUGUCACUGAAAAAUUUUUCCAGUCUCUUGUUGCAGGAACUAUACCCGUGGUGGUUGGUGCACCGAAUAUUGAAGACUUUGCUCCUUAUCCCGGUUCAGUUUUACAUAUUAAGGAAUUAGCCGAAGUUCAAUCAGUUGCAAACAGAAUGAAGUACCUUGCUGAAAACCCUGAUGCUUAUAAUCAAUCAUUAAGGUGGAAGUACGAAGGCCCAUCCGAUUCUUUCAAGGCCCUUUUAGAUAUGUCUGCGGUUCAUUCAUCAUGUCGUCUGUGCAUUCACUUGGCUACCAUCAUCCAGGAGAAAGAAGAAAAAAGUUCAGACUUCAGGAAACGCCCCUGCAAGUGUACCAAAGGAUCAGAAACCAUAUAUCAUUUAUACGUACGAGAGCGAGGGAGGUUUGAGAUGGAUUCUAUUUUCUUGAGAUCGAGCAAUUUGACUCUAGACGCCUUGAAGUCUUCUGUGCUUACGAAGUUCAGGUAUCAAAAACACGUGCCUGUUUGGAAGCAGGAAAGACCUGAAACCAUAAGAGGUGGUGAUGAACUAAAAGUAUACAGAAUAUACCCUGUUGGGUUGACACAGAGACAGGCUCUAUAUAACUUCAAGUUCGAACGAGAUGCCGAUCUUAAGAACCACAUUCAAAGCAACCCUUGUGCAAAGUUUGAAGUCAUAUUGGUCUAGAUUGAAGGUAGCAAAGCACGAACAAUGGACUCCAAAUAUCAGCAUUAUAGCCGGAUAUUUCCCGAAAGCUCGAUGUCACCGCAUGCAGGUUUUGGUUUUCACCAAAUGCUUCUUGUAAGGAUCCCAUGAUUUCCAUGAGCUGAAUUGGUAGGUUAUGGGGUAUAUGCAUACUUGAAAUUUUACUGAUGGUUUAAUUAGUAUUUUAGCUCACACCAUAAUGCAACUUACCCAUUGAACUUUUGCUUCAAAAUUUGUAUAUCAUAUAAUGAGAGAAAAUUGUUUU